AUGUCAACCCUGAGUGUGAGGGCAGUUCCCUUGUGGCUGGUAAGGAGCACGCACCUCUUCGAGUCAGACAUGGACCUUCUUGGUAACGAGUCUGCGAACCUUAGCGCCCACGAGAACGUUUCGUCGGCCCUCGUUGGUUUUUCCGGAGCCUCCAAAGCUGAGGUCAUCACAGAAGUCCUUUUUCUUCUCCUGAUCUUCGCUUUGACGUUGGUGGGGAACGUUGCGCUGUGGUUUGUCGUGCUACGGAACAGCGAUCUCCGAAAGGUCUCCAACUACUUCAUCCUGUGCCUGAGCGGCGCAGACAUCCUGGUCAUCGGGCUGAACCUCCCGUUCACCGUCACGGCGAUCAUACAGGCGGGCUGGCACCUCGGGGACACCUUCUGCCAGGUGCUGGGCUUCGUCAACAUGGUCACGUUCGUCACCAGUACCACAUCCCUAGCUGCCAUCAGCCUCAACAGAUACUUCAUGAUCGUACAUCCGGGCAGAUAUACCAAGAUCUACACAACGAAAAACACAGCUGUCAUCAUCAUAGUUUACCGUCAAUCUGUUUGUUUUUCAGGUGUUUGGGUGUUUUCGAUCGCCUGCUCCGUGCCGCCGUUGUUUGGCUGGGCUCGGUACAGCUUCAUUGCCGACCAGUCGUUCUGCUUCUGCUCGUGGGCGGAGCACCCUGGCUACACCGUCUUCAUGUUCACCAUGGGCUUCUGUCUCCCCAGCACCGCCAUGACGUUUUGUUACGUCGGCAUCUGGCGCAGGUACAAGAAAAACCGCCGCAAGUUGGUUGGAUCGCCGACAAGAAACGAACGAGAGCAGAGUCAGGAACCAACAACAUCCAAGACCCCUGACAAGUCAGUCACUUCUUUAAGCACAAGUCCUUGUUAUGUAAGAUACUUUGCCCCACAACAAUCAAAUGGAGGUAAAAACGCGAUCUUUCUCUUUAUAAAACAUAAGAGAAGCGGAUGUCGAGAAUCUACAAAAGGAGACAACAAAAGACAGAGAACUUGUAGAAAGGGAGGCGUUACAACCAAGACAAGCCUAGAAAGCAACAGCAACAACGCUUUAGAUGACAUGUCGAAAGACAGGAAGUCAGAUCUUUGUAGCGAAGUGGUCUCAUACGAAAGUUCGGGGGAAAAAAAGGAUAGCGACGCCAUUGGAGCGAGAUCUCAACCGCCAGAAAACGAAGUGUUCCCUUUAAACGAGAAGAAGAGAAGCGCACGACCAAAACGGAAUCAAGGAGCAGUGGCGUUCGACUGUGACCUGAGCAUCAUGAAGAGUCCGAAAGAUGACGAGGGGUCGACAGAGGGAGAGAGGGCGGAGGAAGAAGGCUCGGAUAUGACACUAAACUCAACAGCGCAAUCAUCCUGCAAGAGACAACGCAAUCGUCUGCGCCACAGAAUGAAGAAGAAACAGAGAAAAGAGGAGGCAGCCCUGACUCGCUCACUUCUGGUUGUUAUUCUGGCCUUCGUGAUCUGUUGGUCCCCCUACGCCGUCACUACCAUGGGCCAGGUCAUCGGCUACAUGCACGUGCCCAGGGAAGUCAAGGUGAUGUCCCUGGUGUUGGGCUACUUCAACAGCUGCUGCAACCCGCUGGUGUACGGGCUCAUGAACAAGAGGUUCAGGGACGGAUUUGCUAGAUUAUUUCACCUGAAUUGUGGUUGUAACUAG